AUGUCGCCAUUGCCAGCAGACCUUCCUUCAGUACCGGAGAGAGCUCUCACCAAGGACCACAUAGGCGAGAUUUCGACAAAGACGACUAGAUAUAAAAACCGCCGAUAUAGGGGGAAGGCGCACGACUGCUUGCCAAAGCCACAAGAGUCGCCAGAGCCGCAAGAGCCACCUGAGCCGUCUGAGCCGCCUGGGACGUCUGAGCUGUGUGAGCUGCCUAAGCUGCCUGAAGAUAGUAUUUUCAUUCAGGACCGGAACCAGAAGGUAGCUGAAAAGAGGCCUGAUGCAAACUGCGUAUUCUUACUUUGGGGUUCUGGAAACUCUGGUAACUCCGAAAACUCUGGAAAAUUCACGGCCUGGGCUGUGGAUGUUCCAAUUACCGAUGCUGAAAGUGAACAUGAGAUCUUCGCUUUGUUAGCUAAACAGUAUGCUACACGGCUUGGCUUCUUGCGAAGAUGUCUUUCUUUCCAAAAGUUCAGUAGGCUCAGGCCCGUUACUUUCCGAUUCAUCAGCCGCUCUUCAAAAAGAUUCUUAGCCCUCGCUGAACCUUGGGACCUGGACAAACACCGCAAGAUCUUUUCUAAACGACAAGAAGAAGCGAUGGAGGUUAUUCGACCUAUAACAGACUUCGAUUCCGAUGAUCCAGGCCACUGUUAUCGCGACAACAGCUCGGGAGAAUAUGAACAUUGCAACUAUGCUUGCCCUUUCAACACAUCAGAAGAUGAUGAUGAUGUCCCAAAGUGUCCGUUCGAGGAAUGGGAAUUCUGCAACGAUCAGCUAAAGUGGAUCGAAUAUGAGCCUUCCCUUUCUUCCUACUUUCGCGAUCCAGCUGGUGCCCGUUCUCAAAACAUACUCAUCGGCUUCUAUGGACAUCGCUUCAUCCACGAAUAUAGGUAA